AUGUCAUUUGAACCAAUAAAACUGAUCUUGAGAGGGAGUCACAUUGGAAAAAUUGCAAAUAGAGCAUCUGGAGGAAAGUUUUUCAAACACAGGGAGGAUAAAAGAGACUACAUAAUACCCGAAAAAUACCUACUGAAACCAACUACGUCAAGCACAAAUAUAGAUAAAGAAGAAAAGCUUAUAGAUACACAAAAUGAUAGUACGGGAACUAAGGAGUAUACACAGCAUAGAGAGUACAUUUUAGCUACUUGGGAUGGCGAAGAUGAUCCUGAACAUCCACAUAAUUGGCCAUUAUCAGUUCGUAUCUAUGUCAGUUUUAUCCAUUAUAUCAUUUCCUUGUUUACUUAUUUUGCUUCAGCAAAUUAUACACCAGGUAUAGAACAAUUGCAAGAAGAGUUUGGAAUCAAUCAUGUUAAAGCUACAUUACCAUUAUCUUUGUUUGUCUUUGGAUAUGGUAUGGGUCCAAUGAUUCUUGGUCCAUUAUCUGAGCAUAAAUCAAUUGGAAGAAAUAAAAUCUUCAUAGUUACUUUAUUCAUAUUUACAAUACUACAAAUCCCAACUGCUUUAGCUAAAAACAUUGCUUGA